UCAAUUCAGCAACACUGCAAUUGUAAUGUGCACUCCCUCCAAGUCUAAUUUCUUAUUCAAAUACAGAGAGAGAGAGAGGAGAGAGAGGGGACCGAAUCGACUCGAUCCCAACUCUCCUCUCUUCUCUCUAUUCUUCUCCGCCUCCGUCGCCAUCCAUCCGUUGCUUUCCCCCUUCCGCCCUCUCGGCUCCGUCGCUUUCUCCGCUGACUCCCUCCAUUACUAACCCGGGCUAGGGUUUUGGUCCUCGGCAACGAUGGCGGAAUCCGGGGUCCCCGGCUCGCCGGAGAGCGGUCACUCCGGCGACCACGGCGGCGGUGGCGGAGGAGGGGCGAGCGCCAGGGAGCAGGAUCGGUUCCUACCCAUCGCCAACAUCGGGCGGAUCAUGCGCAAGGCCAUCCCGGAAAACGGCAAGAUCGCUAAGGACGCCAAGGAGUCCGUGCAGGAGUGUGUCUCUGAGUUCAUCAGCUUCAUCACCAGCGAAGCGAGCGACAAGUGCCAGCGGGAGAAGAGGAAGACCAUCAACGGCGACGAUCUGCUGUGGGCGAUGGGGACGCUCGGCUUCGAAGAGUACGUCGAGCCCCUUAAGCUCUACUUGCAGCUCUACAGGGAGGUGAACCUCCUACCUUCUCUUCCGUACUUUAACACAGGAACCCCUUUUUGUCGUGCUGUAUUAAUUGGAGGAAUUGCUUCUUUGUUUCUGCGACUAUUGCUGCGAAAUCGAACGUGAUGGUGCCCUAGGUCGAGGGCAACGGCAAGGGUUCACGUCCCGCAGAGCAAUCAGGAAAGAUAGACGGGGCAAUUAAUGGGGACCCAGGUGCUUCGCAUCUUUUGUACCUCUCGACUUAAUUAUACCCUGCAAAGAGGAGUGCAAAGUUCAAUGGCAUGUAGGAUCGGUUGUCGUGGACUCGAAGGGUUGUUCCUAGGAGUGCGUACUAUGUCCUUCAAUCAGAAUGAUAGCCUAUGAGUUCUUGCUGCUGCAGACAUAUCUGUUGUUAUUUCUUCAUGUUGUAUAUUGCCUGGCCUUCCAAAUGACCAGCACCCAGAAAAAUUGUUCCAGCCCAUGCAUGUCUUGGACUUGGACCCAUCACUGAUCUCAGCUCAACUUUGGCCUUUGCUAAGAUAUUUGUCUGACUGUUGUGAAAACAGACUUAUAUAGCUUGUGAAAUUUGGUUAAGGAAUCACUGUUGCAAUGUUUUACAUGCUUCAUUCUGUAUCAUGUCAAAUUUAAGGAGCUAUGUUGCUUGGAUUUGGUGCAGUAAUCAAUACUAGAUUUCUCUUCUUUUAA